GGGUAGGACUCCUACGCUGUUUUUUCGGCCUCACGGCGAUCCUCAGCCAAAAUCCGAUAACUCCGGGCUGUACGCCGUACUACGGCUCCCAAAACUCCACCCCCUACGGAUACUGUACGGACUAAUGAGAGGUCUCCUACGUACGGCUUACGUACGUCGUAUCACCGUACAGUACCUCACCGUACUACUGUACGAUGGGAACGCUGCAUCCUGCCCGAGUAUCCUAAUGCUAGCAUUCACCAGAAUCAUUCUGAUAUGACGAAAUUCAGCGGCGCAACGGAUCCGGGCUAUGUGAGGGUGCGAGGACAGUUGUGGUUGUGGGUGGAUGCUAUUGAUGAACGGAGGGGUGUCGAACAGGCGCAGGAGCACGUCAGGCAUCAGAUGUCUCACACAUCCGAGGAAACACGUCCACCAGAACACCUCAUCCAAACUCCACAACAAACAAACCAGGACAAAACAGCAUGCGAACCGGUUCGUAACACAAGUACCACUGCAUCGCCUAGCAGCGGUGGCGGCCCGAUCUUUAUGGGAAAUGUAACCGCUGGGCGUGAUUUCAAGUAUAACCAAGGCGUGAUCUGAGGGGAGAUAUGUCGCUAAAGUUGCUAGAACUAUAGGAUGCAUCACAGGUGUGAUACUAGUUUCUCCAAUGAUUAAUUUUGUCUUUUCCCACUGUUGUGUUGGGGACUGGCUGUCAGGCCGGGCGCUAUAG